AUGGCUCCCGCCGCAAAGCGGGGCGCCAAGGGCACCAAAUGGAACAGAGACCCGCAGCUCGGGGACCUCGUCCUCGCCAAGGUCAAGGGCUACCCUUUCUGGCCAGCCAAGGUGAGCAGGCCGGAGGAUUGGAAUCAGGAGCCCACUCCGCGCAAGUUCUUUGUCCUCUUCUUUGGCACCAAAGAGAUUUUUCAAUUAUUGAUAAGUACUCUUAACCGCUCCUACAGCCUUUCAUUUUCUUCCAAAUAUGCUUUCGUAGGUUUGCCAGAUCUCCAGCCAUUUACAGAACAGGUGAAGAAUGACUUGGUAAAUCAAGCUCGAGAGAAAAGAUUUCCGAAAAGACAUGCGAAAGGUCUUGAAGAAGCCUUGGUGGAGAUAUGCAAGGCCUAUGACGAGCUGCCAAAAUCAUCUGAAACUGCCAAUGAUGUGUUGCCUGAUCAAACUCUUGAUAUGAGUGAGAAACCUACAGAAUCCCUUGUAAAGCCACCUGAUGAUGGUGAGACUCCAAGAGUGGAACAAAUGGAAGUUGAUAGUUCUGUGGACAACUUGAAUACUUUAAGGCACGGUUCAGGAACCGAGGAGAAUGUGAAAGAUGGUGGUCAUGACAGAAAGGACAUUGUUCCAGCAGUUAUUAAUAGGAAAAAACCUGCAGAAAAGGAUUCUGACCAUCCCAAGAAAAAGAAGCCUGUGACAUCGAAGUCAGCUACCAACAUGCACCUUGAACAAAUGGAAGUUGAUAGUUCUGUGGGCAACUUGAAUAAUUUAAGGCACGGUUCAGGAACUGAGGAGAACGUGAAAGAUGGUGGUCAUGACAGAAAGGAUACUUUUCCAACAGUUACUAAUAGGAAAAAAUCUGUAGAAAAGAAUUCUGACCAUCCCAAGAAAAAGAAGCCUGUCACAUCGAAGUCAGCUAUCAACAUGCACCUUGAACAAGCACGCUCACCAACCUCUCUGUUCUCAGGAAGAGAGACUGAAGGCCAAAAAGUUGGGAAAGAGGGCCGUCCAACUGAAGGUAUCCUUUUGGACCCUAAUGUAGAGAUAGUUUGUGCCCUUGAAGUGCCAAAGAAAGAUAAAUCCAAGAUGCAGUUGAAGACUGCUGACAGGGAGGAAAACAAGCAUGUCGAUGGCACUGGUAUUUCUGGGAGGACUACUCCUGAGGCUCUACCUGGUACUGUACCAGCCAAUAGUGCUGACAAAGAGAGCGGAGGAUUUAGAAAGCUGAAACCGAUGAUGAAACAAUCACUUAUGGACAAAUCAGAGAGAAGGUGCCCUAACAAAGUAAUGGUUGACAAGCCUAACAAGCAGUUGACUGUAAAAUCACCUGUUGUCUUGUCUUCCAAUAAGAAAUCUCUGCCUGGUAGUGGUCAGCGCAAGCCGGAGGGUAGCACUGAUAUGCGUCCGGCAAAGAGGCCAAAACUAGUAGACAGAGCCAAUGAAACAGUUAAGACAGGGGCAAAGAGUGAACUUAGGUUACCUGUUGAUAAUGGAAAGGAUAAUUCUGUGAAAAAUGAGAAAUCCACUUCCGUUGGAGCCAGAAACAACACAUUUCCCGAGACUGUAACCGCUGAUGGUAGGACAAGGAAAUCAGGUGUAGUUGUAUCACCCCUACCAAGGCCGCAUUCUGAGCGAAUGGAACAGGCACCUGGUUCUGCAACCAAGUUAAUUGGUUUUGAUACUGCUAAGAAGGGCUCCAGCAUGAGGGAGGAUGGCUCACGUGUUGGUAGGCCAUUGGCACAACCCAGGAGAAGAGCAUGUCGUUUCGAUGAUGAUGAGGAGGAAGAACAACGAACCCCACCUCAUAAAACUGUGGCCAAAUCAAUCUCCACUCAUGUAACCCCAACAGACAAGAUCCAUCAGACAGGUAUUCGGGGGAUUCCUUCAUCACAAGUUGGCAAUGUUUCUGCAAAAAAAUCUGGUUUGGCAAGAGAAGAGAAACCCAGAAGUGUUGGAAGGUCACCUGUGAAGCACGAGCCAAUUUAUUCACCAAGUCAAGGUAAAGUGCACGCUAGACCACAAAUGACUGGGCGAAAAUCGGCCACUAUCUCAGUUGACACUUCUUCUGCUUUGGGUAACAAGAUUAACCCGGCAGACCGCAAAUCCUCGGACCAAUUAAAAAAUCCAGGAUCAUCUGAAGUGAAGAAACCGCAAGGUAGUUCUUCUAAAGUAGUGCAGCAGACAUCUGGGAACUCUCACUCUCAAAGCCAUGCUACCUUAGAAAAGAAUGUACUUCUGUCUAAAUCAGAAAAUGCCAAGGUUAAAGCUAAGCCCAGCACACAGAUAGCUAUGACUGCCGAGAAUAGGUUAAGUGCCACUUUGUCAGAUGAACGAAGCGGGAAGCUGGAUCACUCUAAAGAGGACAGAUCAAAUUUUGUUGAUAAAGCAGAUUUCGCUGAGUCUAAUGCUGACUCUGACAAGUCAAUUAAGCGUCUUAUUGCAGCUGCCCAAGCAAAGAGAAACCAUCUUGCGUCUGGUCAAGGAAAUUCUGAUGGCUCUUCUGCAGAUAAUGCUGUUCUUGCUUCCGCAGCGUAUGGCUUGCCUGGACUAAGUCCUAGUCCUGUUUUUCACAUUCCUUCUGCAUCAAGAAAUGCUAUUUCAGAGGGUGACAUCAUGCAAUCUCAAGAUUCCAUCUGUGAACCUGGUCACCGAGUUGAUCUGAAAAAGCCAGCAGAAACUGACCAUGAACAUGAAAAGAGUCCGAAACCUAAGCAAUCCAGCAGUUCACUGGGUGGUGGUACUGAUGCAGCAAUUGCACGUGAUGCCCUGGAGGGAAUGAUAGAGACUCUGUCGAGGACAAAGGAUAGUAUAGGUCGUGCUACACGUCAUGCAAUCGAGUGCUUGAAACAUGGCAUUGCUGAAGAGAUUGUUGCGCUUCUCAUAAGGAAAAUCGAGAAUGAGCCUAAUUUGCAUCGCAAGGUUGAUCUCCUUUUUCUUUUGGACUCCAUAACACAGUGUUCUCACUCUCAGAAAGGCGUUGCUGGGGCUUCAUAUGUUCCCACUGUUCAAGCUGCAUUACCUCGUCUUUUGAGUGCUGCUGCUCCACCUGUAGCUGGUGCUCGUGAAAACCGACGCCAGUGCCUAAAAGUUUUAAGAUUGUGGCUAGAGAGAAAGAUUAUGCCAGAAAAUGUACUGCGAAAAUACAUGAAUGACAUAGAGGUGCCAAAUGAUAACACACACGCUGGUUUCAUGCUCAGGCGACCGUCCCGAGCUGAACGUUCUGUUGAUGACCCUAUUAGGGAGAUGGAUGACAUGCUUGUUGAUGAAUAUGGCAGUGCCCGGGAGCUCACGAUGGUUGAGCUUGGAGCCGUGUUGCAAGACCACAAGCCACAGUGGCAGUGGUGUGGGCUUGACAAGUGUGCAUGCUCGCGGCCUUGUAUGGGCAUACGGGGAGUAUUCUAUGAGAAUGUCAGUGCCACAUGCUUUGACCAUAGUAAGGCCCUUAGUAAUACAACCAUUGAGUUCUCUGGAAUAUUAUCAUCAAAUGUCUUUGUAAAUGAUGAGGAUUUCCGUCGGAUUGAUGGGUCAUUGCCAGUUAUUUCACUGCGAGUUGGAGGGGGUGGGAUACAAGAAAGUGAAGAGAUUAUUGCUCCAAACUCUGUUGAGGAACACAUUACGGUACUAGAAAGUGCAACUAGUGAUGCUGUAAUGGAAGAUGCUUCAGUUUUACCAAGGAACAGUCAACAGAUAGAGGGAUCUACCCUCAUUGAGCAUGAUUCUAAGCAGGAAGCAGGUUCAGAGGAGGCAUUGACUAAUCAGUACGAGCUUCCCCCUCUACCUGAGGGUCCUCCACCUCUUCCACUGGAUUCAUUAUCUCCCCAGCCUUUACCUGAGGGCCCUCCACCUCUUCCAUUGGAUUCACCGCCUCCCCCACCUCCUUUGCCCCCUUCACCACCACCUGCUACACCACCUCCGCCGCCACCACCACUUUCACCAUCUUCGCCACCUCCACCGCCACCCCUGCCAUCUGGACCACCUCCGCAGCCUGCUCCACCACCUCCUCAUCCUUCAAUCCCGCCACCUGUUCCGUCAUCUCCAUCAUCACUGGGUUAUCAGCAUGCCAUGCCAGAAUAUUUUAGGCCUCCCAAUGGUAACCAACUAACAGGAAAUUCAUCAAUUCAAGGUGUUGGAAAUACGCCGAACUUUAUGCCUGCUGUACCAGUGAAUGCACAAGCUCCAGUUAAUUAUGCCCCAUCAUUGCCACCGGAUUAUGGAAGCAACAAUAUCUUUCUGCCACAGCAAGCUUCUAAUGGUAAUUAUCAGUUUCAGCCUGGUGUAUCUUUUCAUCAAGGGGCUUUCAGUGCUUUCCCAUCGGCACAAACACCACCAGUUCACCCCCACACUCAUCACACACACAUUAACCCCAUGGGCCAACAAUCUGUACCACCUCCAUGCAAUUCUUAUGGUGUACAGCCCUUUCCAAAUAGUCAAAGCCAGUAUACAUCGGAAGAACAGUGGCGAAUGACAUCUGGUAACUUCAGUCCAGAUGACCAGCAUAAUACCUGGUUACCAGGUGGCAGAUCACUAUCUUGUUCAGACGGGUCAUUCAUGCAGGAUGGCCAUGUUGUUCCUCACAUGCUGCCAGCCAAGCCUGAUAUUCAUGCACUUAAUUGCUGGAGGCCUUCUGGAUGA